AUGGGCAAAAUCGUUGACUCAAUUCGUAGUGUGUACUCGGCUCGUGCGGAAGACGCAUCUGCACGUCCUACAAUUUCUUUUGAAUUUUUUCCUGCCAAGACAAAUGCUGGUGUCUUUAAUCUACUGACACGUGUGGAGGAAAUGGGAUUGACCCUACAGCCGACGUUUGUGACGCUUACAUGGCGUUCCGCUUUUAAAGACGAGACACUUUGGUUACGUAUUGGUGCUCACAUUCAAAACGAAUUUCAAAUUGAUGUCUUAUUACAUCUUACUUGUCAUUUACCUACGGAACACUUGAAACGUAUCCUCAAGAAUGCGCGUGCUGCAGGCAUUCGUAAUAUUCUUGCGCUUCGAGGAGAUCCACCCAUUGGAGCCGAGCGUUGGUCGCCUGUAGAGGGUGGACUAAGCAAUGCCAAAGACCUUAUCAAGCUGAUUCGAGAAGAGCAUGGAGACUUUUUCUGUAUUGCCUGCGCAGGGUACGCAGAAGUGCACACCGAGUCGUGGAACCACCCGAACCUGCCACCGUCAAACGAGGCUCGCGCUCUAGAUCUACAACGGCUUAAAGCCAAGCAAGAUGCGGGAGCAGACUUUAUUAUCACCCAGUUCUUUUUUGAUGUAGACAAUAUGAUCCAGUGGAUUGCCGAUUGCAAAGAUGCAGGGAUAACUAUCCCCAUUUUACCUGGCUACCUACCGAUCCAGAAUUACAGCUCCUUUUGCAAGUUUACAAGCUGGUGCAAGACUCGAGUGCCGGAACAGGUAUUGAUGGAUCUGAAUGCUAUUAAGAACGACGACGCGGCUGUUCGUCGCUAUGGCACGCAGCUUGCGAUAAAGACGUGUCAGCGUCUGCUGGCUGCCGGUGUAAACUCGUUGCAUUUCUACACGAUGAAUCUGGUUGCUACAGUGACGCAGGUACUGGAAGAUCUACAACUGCUGCGUGCACGCAACCAGCGCGAGCUACCGUGGCAGUCGACACUGCAGCGCUCGACCGUUGAGGGUGAGCAGGUGCGUCCCAUCUUCUGGUCUAACCGCCAGGCUAGUUAUAUAGCGCGUACUGCUGCGUGGGACGAGUUUCCUAAUGGACGAUGGGGAGAUCGCACAAGUCCAGCCUAUGGUGAACUUUCGGAGUACUAUCUGGCUUUCAAGAGACCGAAGGUCCAACGUGCUGAACUAUGGGGCACUCCACAAACAGAAGAGGAUGUGUGGAAUGUGUUUGUUCGUUUCAUUGGUGGCCAGGUGAAGCAACUGCCAUGGUGCGAGCAGGCUCUGUCACCUGAAAGCGCUGCUAUCCGCGAAAAUUUGCAGUGGCUAAAUUCCAACGGCUUCCUCACAAUAAAUAGUCAGCCACGGGUGAACGGUGCUCCUUCGCGUGACACGUCCGUCGGCUGGGGUGGUGACGACGGUAUUGUAUUCCAGAAAGCUUACGUGGAAUUCUUUGUUGCCCCUGACAAGAUAGCACAUUUGGUAAAAGUCAUGCGACGAGACUACCCACAGCUAUCGUUCCAUGCCCUUAACCGCCCGGGCGAUGAGCACCGCAACAUUCCACUCCACAGCGUCACGGCCGUAACGUGGGGCGUUUUCCCUGGCCUUGAAAUUGUCCAGCCAACAGUCGUGGACUCGGAUUCUUUUGCUGCCUGGAAGGACGAGGCAUUUGAAUUGUGGCAGACCCAGUGGGCAUCGGCCUAUCCGGAAGGUUCACGUUCACGUGAAGUCAUUCAACACAUUUAUGACACGUACUUUCUUGUUAAUAUUGUCGACAAUGACUAUGCUAACGAUGAGGCUGAUAUCUUUAGUAUCUUUACGCGAAUUAUUACGGAAACGAUGGACAAGGAACAGCUGCGUGCGCGUGUGUUGGAGCUGGAAACUCACAAAGAGAAGAUGUUUGACACCCUAACGUCAUUCCAGUCGUUGCAGGAUGAACAGAAUAAAGAAUUGCGGGCUGCACACUCGGAACUUAUCAUUCCGUCUAGUUUGAAGAUCUCACGCCACUUUUGCAAAGUAAAAGAAGCAAUCGCAAUCAUGAAAAGGGACGGGCGGGUUUCAAGUGGCUGUGUACUACCUACUACUCGUUCUUCUCAUAGUGUUGCUGACACUAUUGGAAUAGUGUGA